GGAUUCAUUUUAGUCGCCGAGUUGAAUUGAGUAGUCGUGCAAAAUAUUUAGCACGCUUUCAGUUUUUAUCUCAUUUUUCAGCAUAAAUUUAGUUACAUACUUGGUCCAUUUCAAGUAUAAUUGUUAACGCUGGAUGCAUCUUUCAGCAAUAAUUGUUAAGUUUUGACCAUGUUUCUAACCUUCAAACAUUGGAAACAUGAAGCAGUAUUUUGGAAGAAAGUGUACCAUUUUUCCUUCCUCGUCAUAAUAUUCAGCAGUCCGUUCUGGAUUCUAGUCAGUGCUAAUGAUGAUGGGGUAACUUCCACGAACGGAGAUGUGGUACAGGAUGACGUCGAAAUGACAACGACAUCGUUUAUCGAGUACAAAAAUAUCGCGUCGGAACAAAUUAUUCCUCAAAAUCUCCCACCUCCAACAAUUCGGGCGAGUUUCGUAGAAUCUGGAGUUGUCAAAGAGGUCUUGAGUGAGAUUGAGGGUGACACCUUGGUCCUGCCUGUGGACAAGUUUGACCUCCACCUGGGUCAGGAUGUGCCAACAAGGUCGCUUAGGUUAAGUUGUAACGCGUCGUUUCCGGUUGAGUGGAUUUAUGAGGGAUUCGGGGCUCCAUUUCACACAAUUUCGAAAUCCUACCGACACAUUACAAACUUUUCGGACCCGUCGACCUACACUUUCUCAGUAUUUCUUGAUCUCAUAAAGAACGACGAGAGAAAUUCUGGAAAGUAUGAGUGUAAAGGGAUUUCGCAAAAUGCGACGGGUCGGACUUAUUUCAAUCUUUACGUUCCAGGAGAAAAUUUGUUCCUCUUUGUGAAAAGUCAAAAGACUGAGCUGACAAGAAAUUCAACAAAGUUUGUCGUGCCGUGUCCCAUAUCAAACCCACGCUAUGCAAGUUUUAUCAAGCUCUAUAAACAGAGUAGGAUUAAGUCGAAACCUGCAAGAGUAACAUUCACGUUUAAUUACGAUCCAAAAAUUGGAUUCACUGUACCGAUCGAGGUCAACCAACCACUUAGCAGUUACAAGGGAAAGUACUUUUGCAAGGAGCCCAUGACUCGUAAAAGCUCGGAAAUUCAUAGCGUCCUCCCACCAAAAGAUGAAUAUGUCCAAAUAAUUCCUAACACUAAAUUCGUUUCCAUUAAACCCGGACUGAAGCAGGUUUUUAUUUGCGCCGCCAAGGAAAAUAUCACUCUGACCUUCGCCGGCGAUCGACAACCCAGAAUAGUUGACUUUGAAGUAAAUCCAGCCUCGCAGUAUCCGUUCGUCGCAACGUUUGAAAUCCAUCCUACCAACGCCUCCUCGGAACACACAGUCAUCACGUGUGUCACCACUAAUGACGAAGUCCUCCACACCUGGGAGUACAGCACAUACGAUGACGUGUCGCUCCAAAAGUUUUACUUUGAUGCUCAAAAGCGAUAUCAGGAUGCUCGUUACGUCUGCUGCUCAAAUUCAUAUUACAAACCGAAACUGGAAUACACCUUUUGUCGUUCAGAAACUGAGUGUUCUAUGAAAAAAUUGACAUUUGAUCAGGACGAUGAGACAAAGGACUCUCUUUUAGGGGAGCAUAGAGAUCGGAUUUCAACACUAAACAGCUCAUGUACAUAUUUCAAUCCUUAUCUUAAGUACACGCUGCCUUCGGGAAUGCUCCGAUGUUCCGUGCAAGGAGUGAAUGGUUUCGUGUCGCGAGAUUUCAUGUACUAUUUCAAUCCGUACAGGAUUUAUCAGGCUUACACGGAUGACAAGUUUGACGCAGGAAAAGUCCAAGCUAGCGAAUCUAUCAUGAAACUUUCGAAAACGUCGAAAAACGCACUUGUUGGGGAACGGCAAAGAUUUCUGUGUUACUUUUCCGAACUAUUUUUAGCAAAUGGGAUCGUGUGGAGGGUCGAGUACAAUAAUGGAAGCUCGGUGUUCUUGGAUAGUUCGUAUGAUAAUAUGAACUCUAACACGUCCUUUAGUCAGAUUGAGAUUAAGUUUAAUGAUACUAGUGUGAGAGCGAUUCAUUGCUAUGCUCCAGUUUUAUCGUCUCGAACAACAUGGAGAAAUGUGACAGGGUUGAUAUUCGUUAGGGAAUCACCACAACUCCGGGCAUCAAUUCAAACCGAAUCGGGCGAAGUCCUGAAACAAAUUGAGAUCAAUUCUACUACCGGCGUAAUCCUGGAUAAAACAACGCUAGAAAUUCUAAACAAUUCUGUCGACGGAGUUUCCGGGUCAAAACUUAACACAUUUUUUGCCCUGGAUUGCAACGCGUCGUACCCCGUCGAUUUUUCUUAUGCUGGAGAAGGGUCACCAAAUCUGGAGUAUAUUGCAAACCGGGUUGUAAACGGUUCCGUCCUAGACGCCAACGCGUACGGGUACUCGGCAAAGCUCAGAUUUGGCGAGGUGGACAAUCAAAUCGUAGGUCGCUAUUCUUGCAUCAGUUCGACAAGGGAGUUUGGACAUCGCAACCAGCAGGAGAACAUUCUGGCAAACGUUAACGUUUUUGUUCCAGGGAACAAUUUGUUUGUAAGUUCGGACAAUCAAACGUACAGAGCGUGGGAAUACAGGGAUUCCGUUCUCAUUCCGUGCCCAGUGACGGAUCCGAGGCCAAAUAUCACCCUUUUGAAAUACAGCAAUGAAACGAAAAAGUUCCAACCCCUAGAGAACAGCAAAAUACCAAUAAAUUUUGAUCCCCUGUACGGAUUCAGCCUCACAAAAAAUCACACCUCCAGUUUGUACGGUCUUUACAAGUGUUUCAGUCCUGAACAGAACCAAAGUUCGGGAAUUAUUCAAGUUUAUUUGCCAUCAGACGCCAUCCGUGUUACUCCAUAUGUCAAAGAGAUGCAAAUCCUCACAAAUGAGACCCAGUCGUUUAAAUGCGAAUCCAAGGAAAAUGUGACCAUCACCUUCUCCGAUGAUCCCACCGGAAAACUGAAAUAUAGAAAUAUUACCCAUGAUGUCGACUUCUCCUCCCACUAUCCCUACAUUGCCACUUACGAAGCGAAAAUUGGAGAUCUGACGAAUCUGACGCUCAUAAAUUGCACCAGUAUCAACGAGUCGAGGUCGAUGCAUACCUGGGAAAUGUAUCCGGGAGACGGUGCCUUCAUCGACCAACUAAUCUAUGACAAUGUUACUGCCGAAUUGAAAUGCUGCACCCAACCGUUCCGAGUACCAACUUUAGAAUGGGUAAACUGCAGCUCGGUUACGGAAUGCACCCUGAAACAGUCUGCCUGUCUCACUCAGAACAAGUGUCAACCUGGCGAUUACGUUUUAACCGAAGAGCUCGACAAGUCCAAGGUGAACAACGGUUGUCUCACCUUCGAUGUUAAGGAGAGACCGCACGGCCUUUUGAAAUGUGUGGUGAAAGGGGUGCACAAAAUCGUGGCGCAAGCCAUGGUCUAUUAUUACGAUGAGGAGAAAGACUACGAAGUACACGACGGGUACUUCCUGGGAACAAAGAUGUUUGACAAAUUUUCCGUCCCAAACGACAAAAUUAUGAAGUUGACGAGAGAUUGGCCACCAAGCAGUCAAAAUAUCACGAGGGGGGAGAAAGUCAGAUUUGAUUGCGCUGGAUCAAAAUUUUUUGUCUCGUCGACAUUAAAGUGGGCUCUUGAAGCGACCAAUGGAACCAUAUACUACAUGUAUGGAAAAGAUAUUUCCAACUACACUCAAGUCCGGAGUCAAUUAGAUAUCGAGUUCGACACCACAACUUGGAAAUCCAUAUUUUGCAUGGCACCCAACUGGAAGGAAUAUUUUGGUUGGAGAAAUGUCUCAAUGCCACUAGCUUUUGAAAAUAGUACAAGUAGUAGUAUUAAUAAUACCCAAGUAUUUAACCUGACUUGAUCUACUUAUUUAUCUAUUUAUUUAUUCAUAAAAUCCUAUUUAUUUUUAUAUUUAUCCUAUUUCUUAUCUAGUAGUAUUUACACAAGAAAGUAAUAAAUUAUUUUAAAGGAUGACAUUAUUGCAACUAA